GUUAAUUUUGAGAAGUCUAUUACAAACAUUUAUUUUUUAACGACGCUGUGUCUGAAAUGAUCUUGGGCGAAUCGUGAUAAACAGUAGUCUGUAUAUUCAAGGAUCAAGGUUGGAGUCGUGAGAGUGUGAGACGUUGAUUGUUAUUACCUUGGGAAAGUAGUUUGUGAAAUUGGAAAUAUUGCUAUCGAUGGUUUUAAGGGAGUCUGUUGUGAUCUCUACAGUUGUUUACAAAUGAUAGAAACACAUGUUUCUUAUUCCGUGUUUUUAAAUAGCAACUAAACAUAUAAUUCAACGUGCACACGUACAAGUUGCUGCUAUGGCUCUGGUUUAUGUUGACAGCGACCCAUGGCUGAAAGAACAUGAGGAUUGUGAGAAGUUGUAUAGGGAGAUAAUGGAACAGUUGACUGCUCGAAGUCUUGAGCAGAAGACAUCUCACCUUUAUGCAUCUCUCUCAUCAGCAGUCCGUCUUCGAAUGAAACAGUAUUCUUCAGAAGUUCAGCAAUUACAGGAGAAGUUACGUGUUGCUUCAUUAUCAUCAAUGAUAACACGGCAGGAAGCGGAAAGACGGUCACGUUUAGUUGAACAGCUACAAAGCAGAGAAGUACAAAUGCAGCAGUUGUUUGUUGAUCGAGACACUUUUGGAGAAAGGAAUAGGUCGAGACUGCUUCAACAGAAUCCAGCACAGUCAUCUGUUGCUAGUGGCAGAACUGUAGGAUGGGCAGAUGAAGAUAUUUAUCCUCAGGGGUCACAGAAUGAAAAUCUUAGUGUGGAUGAACUUCGACAACAGCAGCAGAGAAUGGUGCAAGCACAAGACCAGGGUCUUGAUGAGCUCUCUAAAAUAAUAUCCAGGCAAAAACAGAUUGCUGUAGCUAUAACUGAUGAAGUGGAAUUUCAGAAUGAGGUAAUAGAUGAUCUGGCUGAUCAUAUGGACAGAACAGAUGCAAGAAUAGUAGAUGGGACAAGGCAAAUAAGAGUUGUUGGACAGAAGGAUAAAACAUGGGGUUACUGGAUAGUCAUUGUGUUGUUGUUCAUAGCAAUAGUGGCUGUCGCUGUUGCAUAGUGCUGGUGUAUAAACUUGAAAGGAUGGUUGUAAACAGAACUCGAAGGCUGAUGUGGAAAUUUGUACAAGAGAUGGUUAAUUGGACCCUCAUGCUGUGUCAAGUGGACCAACAAAUUGCUUAAUUAAGAUUUUUUAUUACAUUGUUGUUAAAAGUUUAUAAAUCAGAUACCACUUCUAUUUUUUAUUGUAACUUCAUUUCAGUGAUGUAGUAAAGCAAAUAUUCUGUUUUUAAACAUACUUAUAUUUAAUCAAUCAUUACUUUAUUGUUAUUAAGAUAGGGGACAAUGUGCCUCAGUACAUACUUUUAAACUUUUUAUCAUUACUUUGUAGUUAUGAAGAGUGGCUGUGAGCAAUAAAAAGCAGUUUUAUUA